UGGAUAUUUUAAUUAUAAAAUUAAAAUUAAAAAAUGUGAAAGUGUGCUAGUGUUAAGUUUUAAAUAUCUUGGUUAAAAUUAACCCAAUAUAUUUAAUAUAAGCGAAAAUGACAUUUUUUUUUAUAUAUAUAUUCAGAUUCUAUUAUUAGGGAUCGUCUAAUCUAGUUCGGGAUAUAGUCUGAUAAGGCUCUUCACCUUUCCCUAUAAAUAUAUUUAGUGUGAUUGAACCUGGGAGUUCUUAACAAAUGUUGGGUUUGUCUUACCAACUGAGCCACAAUCCGUAGGUAAAAUAAAAUCUAUUUUUUAAUAUAAAUGAAUUUUAAACUUGUAAUUGUUGAAUUUGUUUAAAAAUGAAUUUAAAAUGAAAAUUUUGAAUAGAAGACAUGUUCUUCUUUCUUUUUUUUUCUUUUUAUUUUUUUGAAUACAAAUUUUUUAUAUUCCAUUUUUCUCAAACCCAUACAUAUGCCUUCGUUUACAAAAAUUAAAAUAUUAUGUUUUCUGUCUUUUUCUUCCCCCUAUUUUUCAUAUCCAAGGGACAAAUAAGUUCUGACUUUAACUUGCAGCAAUCAAAACCCUACAAGCAAGAAUCUUUUUUUUUUUUUUUUUGGUUGUUUUUUUCCCCUCCUUCUGUCCUUUUUCUCUCCUAUUCCCUUCUUCUUCUCUUUCUUUCUUUCUUUUUUUUUUUUCUUGCUGUUCAAUCCCUUCAACUCUCUCUUAGAAGAUCACCAUAUCCUUCUUUUUUGAUAUCUUUCUCGGCUUUAUUCAUCUUUAUCAUCAUCCAGAAUCCAGAUCAAACCACAGAUCUGACUUUUUCUUAAUACAUAAACAUAAAUUAAUAAAUAUAUAUAUAAAUAGAAGUAGCUAGAACCUAACAUCAUUCAUCAGAGAGAUCUCAUGCACUAUAGACUAGAUAGAAACAGACAAGAAAACCCUUGAAAAGAAAGCAAGAAUUGCAUAAAGAGCAAUAUGAUGCAAGGAAAGAGGCCAUUUUCUUGUGAUGUGUCAUCAUCAAAUGAGCUUGGAGAGGAAGAUCAUCACAUUUCAAAUACCCAUCAACCCUACCUUGAUCAAGCCCAAUCGGUUAAUCUUGAGUCUGGUAGGAUUGAACAUCGAUCUUCUCAACCUGCAAAUGAUGAUCAUCAAGGGAACAUCAAAAGAAGACACUAUAGAGGAGUAAGGCAAAGACCAUGGGGAAAGUGGGCGGCCGAAAUCCGAGACCCAAAAAAGGCUGCUCGUGUCUGGCUUGGAACCUUUGACACGGCAGAAGCUGCUGCUAUUGCCUAUGACACCGCUGCUUUGAAAUUCAAAGGAUCUAAAGCUAAGCUCAACUUUCCUGAACGUGUUCAAGUACCAUCAGGAUCUCAUAAUAAUUUAGGUCUCUUGCCAACAACUAACCAAAACUCACUACUUCUUUUUCCUAACAAUAGUAACUACAAUGUCAUUUCUCCUCCGCCACCUCUUCCACCACUACCACCACUUCCUCCUCCGUCUGUUCCGCUGCUGCCAUUGACACCUCAAGAAGCUUUUCCAAACCUUUUUCAGUACGCGCAGCUUCUUUGCAGCAAUGAUGACAGUUAUCUACAAUAUGCUGCUGCUUCGGGUCUGUAUGAUAAUAACACUAGUAGUAAUUUAUGGAUGAGUUCGUUAUCUUCUUAUUCUUCUUCUUCUUCUUCAUCAUCAUCAUCAAUUGCUCCCCAACAACAACGAGAAGAAGAUUUUUUGAGGUUUUCGCCGCAAAUGCCAGCUUCAGGUUUUUCUUCUGAUUAUUGGUCAAAUAACAGUUAUUUUCUUGAUCAGGAGAGGGACUUCGAUAAUAUUAGUCCCAAGAAAUAAUGCAUUACAUAGCUAGGGUUUCAUCGUGAUCAUGAUCAUGACUCUCCAUAAGCAAUCAGCUAGGUUUCAUGAGAUAAUGUGAGCUUCAGGAAUGCAUGCAUUGUAAUAAAGUUUCAUUAUUUUAUGAAGCUUAAUUUUAUUGAAAAUUUCUUUUAAGAAAUUUUCAGGCUCAUACUGGAGCCCUAGGUUUUACAUAAUUUAUGGACAACUCACACUCCAUUAAUGAGAAAUUGAUUAGGAGGUCUUGGGUUUAAAUCUUGGAUGGAAUGGAACGAGUUAUUAAAAUUGAGAACUCUAAUGUACAACUCAUUUCAAUUUCAAUAUAUGUCAAGAGACAGAAUUUGAAUUAGCUCAUGAAAAGAAAGAAUUUAUUGUAUCAUUUCGUGUGUGCUAUAUAUAUAUAUUUUUGUGAUGUUUCAGUU